AUGGUCAAAGAGAGUUCUAAAAGUACUGCUGGAAGUAAAGUCCUUAUUUCACUAAGGCCUGAUGAUGUGUACUCCAUAUUUGGUUGGAAAAACAAUGGAGUGGAUGUUUUUGGGUUUCUUAGUACUGAAGGAGAAAAAGCAACCAAAAAAUACCAGUUAGUUUUGUUAGCAAGAAAAAUGAUUGGUAAGCUUCUGCAGGACGGCCAUGUUAGGCAGUGGCCCCAGGGGAACCUCGCCCUUUUGCAAUACCUAUAUUGGGAGAAGGUGCAACCAAUCACCGGUCCAAAAUAUGAUCCGUUGGCAUUGUUGAGCCCGCUGAUGAGGAACUGGACGGAAGAUAUGGCUGUGAGAAGAGACAAAUACGACUAUGAAUAUGGUCGUGGUGUUGGGAUGAUAAUCCGAAUCGAUGACAACAUUAUAGAGGAGUACAGGCUAAAAAAAAUUGCAGAAGAAGAAGCUCAAAAAACCAAGAAAGCUAGUAGCAAAAAAUCUAACAUUACUGGAAUGAGGAAAGAGGGCAGUACCUCGGAGGCUUCGAGCCAGAAGCCUACUAUGGACCGGAUUUUGAGUGAGAUGAAUGAGCUUCGGAAGGAAAUGCUUCGUUUGCCAGAGUUAUGCGCACAGAGGAUGAUUGAGAAACUGAACAAAACCGGCGUCUUCUACAAACCCAGUAACCUGGAAGAAGACGAAGAGAAUCUGUACGGAGGCAUUAAUGAGUCUUCAAACGAUGGUGGACUUCCGAAAAAAGAGUUUGUAUAUCAAAAAGAUGAUUCAGACCGGUUCCGCACACCUUCCAAAAUGAAUUUGCAAAAGGAUGAUGACGGCGUUGAUGUAACUUCUCGUGGAAACACACCUUUUUACUGCACACCUGAGUACUGGGAUAGUUUCAAGGGUGAUAUGGAUGAUCCUACCCAAGUACCAGAAGUAUCAGAUGAAAAAGCCGCCACAUCUUUAGGGACGGACGAGAUCGCAUCGCAUGCAUCGCUUGGUUCUCAAGGAGUACAAGAGGAAGUGGAGGAGGUUACUGGCAGGCGCAAGCGCAGAGGAUCACAACAUGUCAAGUCUCCUUAUGUGGUCCCUAAACCGAACAAGCGAGCAAAACGUUCUGCGAAAGGAAAAUUUUUCCAAAAUGGUGGUGUUAACAAAUCUAGUGAUGAGUAUGAUGUGGUGAAAGCGUCCAUCAAGUACGUGCGCGCGCAUGAGUAUUCACAAAAACAUGCCAAAACAGAAAUUUUCAAUGAUGGCAUGGAAGAAGGUCUCACUGUGCGGAGAGCUUGUCAGAUUAUUAACCAUGAGUGGCUAAGUGGCGACACUUAUAUUCCUCUAAACAAGGAAAACACUCACUGGGUUACUGUUGUCAUGCAUAGCGGGAAGAGAGAGUUCCAGGUUCUUGACUCGUUGAUGACCGGAAAACUUGACAGUGUUACUAGAGAACUCGUUGAGGACCUGAGAAAACAACUAGCAGAAGAUAUCCAAGAAGCAAAUGCAACCGGAAUUGUGAAUUAUCCAGAUGUUUCCAAUUGGCCUAUUCAAACGUAUGACAUGCCAAAACAACAUGAUGGGUGA